CAUCUCUCCCUCCCCUGGUCUGUUGGUGGGGGUGAGUGUCGUGGACGGUUUGGCGAUGAGAGAAGACGCCGGGGUCAGUUAAGGGUCAGUGAGAACUCCUCCCUGCUAGAGAUCCCCGCCACAUCCUCUCCCGUUCACACCCUGUUUUUUAUUUGUAACAACCCCCCCCCCCCACCCCGCCACGGGACUGGUUGAAUUUUUUAAAGGGUCGUUUGCAAUAUUUACGCCGUUUGCAAGUUUGGUUGGCCGGAGGUGUGGGCCGAGGCUUUCGGCGGGGAACGGCAGCGGGUGUCGGUGGGCCGCCCUGAGCGCUUCUUCCGUCUCCCGGUUCGGUCGGCGCGGCCUGGCCAUGCCGGUCAGGAAUAAAUCCAAAACGGCCACCAGGGACUCGGGCCAGAAUGUAGAUCGUGGCUCGGAGGAGGAAGAGGAAUUUAAACCCGAAAAUAACCGAGGCGAUCCGGACAUCGUCAAAUCUCCCAGUGACCCCAAAGAGUACCGAUAUAUCAAACUAGAAAAUGGUCUAAAAGCACUCUUAAUCUCGGAUAUGUCCAUUGAUAAGUCUGAAUCGGAAAUGCAGAUUGAGGAAGAUGAAAGUGAUAGUGAUGAUGAUAGUUCUGAGAGUUUGUCAAAUGAUGAUUCUGCUGAAGAUUCAUCAGGGGACUAUGAAGAAGAUGAAUUUGAAGAUUCACAACAUUGUACUGGGAAAAAGAAAUCAGAAAAGCAGUCAGCAGCUGCCCUUUGUGUUGGGAUUGGAAGUUUUAGUGAUCCCGAUGACCUUCCAGGAUUGGCACACUUUUUGGAACACAUGGUCUUUAUGGGGAGUGAAAGAUAUCCUGAUGAGAAUGGUUUUGAUGCCUUUCUGAAAAAACAUGGUGGUAGUGACAAUGCAUCAACUGAUUGUGAGCACACUGUGUUUCAGUUUGACAUCCAGAGAAAGUACUUUAAGGCUGCCCUUGAUAGAUGGGCACAAUUUUUCAUUGGCCCCUUAAUGAUCCAAGACACCAUUGACAGGGAAGUAGAGACUGUGGAUAGUGAGUUUCAGCUUGCUAUGCCAUCUGAUUCGAGUAGAAAAGAAUUAUUAUUUGGAAGUCUUGCUAGACCUGGUCAUCCUAUGGGAAAAUUCUUUUGGGGAAAUUCCCAGACUUUGAAACAUGUACCAAAAGAGAAGAACAUUGAUACCUAUGCUAGACUUAAAGAGUUUUGGAAGCGUCAUUACUCUGCUCAAUACAUGACUCUGGCUGUCCAAUCAAAAGAAAGCCUGGAUACUUUAGAAGCUUGGGUGAAGGAAAUUUUUUCUCAAAUACCAAACAAUGGUCUUCCCAAACCAGAUUUUUCUGAUGUCGGGGAUCCCUUUGAUACACCUGCUUUUAAUAAACUUUAUAGAGUUGUCCCUGUGAAGAAUGUUCACUCUCUGAAUAUAACAUGGGCACUGCCACCUCAGAAACAGUAUUACAGGAUAAAGCCACUCCAUUAUAUAUCGUGGCUUAUCGGACAUGAAGGUAAAGGCAGUAUCCUGUCCCUGCUUCGGACAAAGUGCUUAGCUCUUGCCUUAUUUGGAGGAAAUGGUGAAACUGGAUUUGAACAAAAUUCAACAUAUUCUGUGUUCAACAUCUCAAUUACGUUAACUGAUGAUGGCUACCAGCAGUUCUAUGAGGUUGCACAUAUUGUGUUUCAAUACAUGAAAAUGUUACAGAAUCUUGGUCCUCAGGAGAGAAUUUAUAAAGAGAUUCAAAAGAUUGAAGAUAAUGAAUUCCAUUACCAGGAGCAGACUGAUCCCAUUGAUUUUGUAGAAAAUGUCUGUGAAAAUAUGCAGCUUUUUAAAAAAGAAGAUUUUCUCACUGGAGACCAAUUACUGUUUGAGUACAAGCCAGAGGUUAUUGCUGCUGCUUUUUCCCAACUCAUCCCACAAAAAGCAAAUUUGAUUCUUCUUUCUCCCAACAAUGAAGGGAAAUGCACUCUAAAAGAGCAGUGGUUUGGGACAUCAUAUGAUGUUGAAGAAAUUGACAAAUAUUGGGCUGGAAUAUGGGCAAGUGAUUUCCAAUUGAAUCCCGCCCUUCAUCUGCCAGAAGAGAAUAAAUACAUAGCAACUGAUUUUACACUGAAGAAUUCUGAUUGUACAGAUACCAUGUAUCCAGUGAAAAUUUUAGAUAAUAAGAGUGGAUGCUUAUGGUACAAAAAGGAUACUAAGUUUCAAAUUCCUAAAGGUUACAUCCGAUUCCACUUGAUAUCGCCUCACAUUCAUAAGUCUGCAGAAAACUUGGUGCUGUUUGACUUGUUUGUAAAUAUUGUAGCUCACAACUUAGCUGAACCGGCAUAUGAAGCUGAUGUUGCUCAGCUGGAGUAUAAACUAGUGGCUGAAGAGCAUGGAUUAGUCAUCAAAGUGAAAGGAUUUAACCACAAACUUGGGCUUCUGUUUCAACUCAUCAUUGAUCAUCUGGCUGACUUUGCAACCACUCCAGAUGUAUUUGGAAUGAUUGUGGAACAAUUAAAAAAGAGUUACUUCAAUGUUCUAAUCAAACCUGAGAAACUGGGAAAAGACGUACGUUUAUUGAUUCUGGAACAUGAACGGUGGUCUUUGAUGCAGAAGUACCAGACCUUGAUGAAAGGUGGAAUCUCAAUCGAAGCACUGAUGUCAUUUGUGAAGAACUUUAAGUCCCACCUUUUUGUAGAAGGACUAGUGCAAGGAAAUUUCACAAGCAAAGAGUCUGUUGAAUUUCUAAAUUAUAUUGUGAAGAAGCUGCAGUGCAAGCCACUUGUGAAGAACAUACCUGUCCAGUUCAGGGUUGUGGAAUUACCUAAUAAGCCACAUGUGUGCAAAAUAAAGUCUCUAAACAGAAAUGAUGCCAAUUCAGAGGUCACUGUUUAUUAUCAGUCAGGUUGUCACAAAGUAAGGGAAAAUGCCCUAAUGGAACUACUUGUUAUGCACAUGGAAGAACCUUGCUUUGAUUUUCUGAGAACGAAAGAAACACUUGGGUACCAUGUGUAUCCUUCCAGCCGAAAUACAUCUGGAAUCUUGGGAUUCUCUAUCACAGUGGAAACACAGGCAACAAAAUUUAAUACCGAAGUAGUAGACAAGAAAAUUGAAGAAUUUUUGAAGAGCUUUCAUAAAAAACUAACAUCAAUGAGUCAAGAUUCCUUCAAUGCUCAGGUAACUGCAUUGAUUAAGCUUAAGCUAUGUGAAGACACGCAUCUAGGAGAAGAAGUGGACAGAAACUGGGAUGAAGUUUUUACACAGCAAUAUCUGUUCGACAGGCUUACCCAUGAGAUUCAAGCUCUUAAGUCAUUCACCAAAGCAGAUUUGGUGAAUUGGUUCAGUGAUCAUCACGGACAGAAGAGUAAAAAACUUAGUAUUCAUGUAAUUGGAUCUGGGCAGCAUGAACCGGAUAAGAUCACUGACUCCACAUUGGAAUGUCAUUCUGUGGGUGGAGAAAAUCCUCGGCUCACUUUUGUACCUGUCUCUCCUCUGAUGAAACAUGCAAUUCCCAUUAAUGACAUCUCUGCUUUUACUUCAAGUCUAAAGCUUUACAACUUUCAUAAAAUUUUGAAAUGAGUUUGUCAGUUGGAUAAAACCACAAGAACAUUGCAGUGCAUUGCUAAGAAUGUGCAGUUGAUAUGUAAAAUGAAAUCUAAUUAGUGUUUCUGCUUUGAGGAAAGGCAUUCCACCAGGAACUGGUGGUAUUUCAAACAUAAGUGUGUUAAUAAAUCUAAGAGUUUAUUUUGAGGGUUGUGCUUUCACAGAUCAUCCAAUAAUGAUGCAGUUGCAUCAGAAUUCAUUUGAGGCACAGAUACAAGUAAAUAUUUAAAUGAUAAUGCACUUUGGUUUGCCAUUACUUCACUUUAUGGGGGGAAAAAGUCACAACAGUUAAGCAAUGAUUCUUUUGAGAGGAGGUAUUGUGAAUGCUCCAUGUACAUAGUAAGCCUCAAACCUGACAAGCCAGUUCUGCAUGAGAAGUAAUCAUUAGUUUAUUCAGCCAUGGUUAAUUCUCCAAAGAGACUGGGGUUCUUAAAAACCAAACUGAUACUUUUACGAAGAAAAAAAAUAACUAAUCCUUAAUGCAGUGAGUGAAUUGUUUUGAACCUGUGUUGUUUGUUUUAUUGCUUUCUAGUUCUGGUGGGGAGUAGGGACAUUUUAAAUCUCCUGUAUGAAUUACUGAUUCUGUAAUCAGAAUAAAUACAAUCCAUACAUUGAA